AGGCCCAGAGCCUCUCUCACUCACACACUUCUCCUCAAGCCUUCUCCUCCUGCUCCUGCCGACAACCAGGCACCCUCCACCUCACACCCAUGGCCUGCAACAACCGCUGCAGUCCCUGCGGACCCACCCCGCUGGCCAACAGCUGCAACGAGCCCUGUGCCCUGCAAUGCCAGGAUUCCCGUGUCAUCAUCGACCCUUCCCCUGUGCUGAUCACCCUGCCAGGACCCAUCAUGACCUCCUUCCCUCAGAACACCGCCGUCGGAUCCACCUCCUCUGCUGCUCUGGGCACUGAGCUCAAUGCCCAGGGACAGCCCAUCUCUGGUGGAUUUGGCUUUGGUGGCUUUGGCUAUGGCCUGGGAGGCCUGGGCUGCUAUGGCAGAAGGGGCGGCUACAUCUGCUAAGGGCCCUCAGCACCACCCCUGACACCACCAGCUCUGGCCUCUGGAAACAGCUCCUGCAAGCAAAGCACCUUGGCCCAUAGUUGCCCUACUUGCACCCCACCUUGCAUCCCUUCAAGUUCUCUCCCUUGCCUUUUAAUUCUUUUGCCUCAAUAAAGACUUCCUGC